UCCACGACGAAACCAACUCACCAACUGCUCUGCCUCUCGCGCAUAAUUGCUUCGCCUGCCGCCCAUUCAUCCAGCUCGGACCGGACUGACCGCAACAUCUCUCGUAAAAGUACGUAGUACUAGGAUUUCGAUAGCUUGCUACACCUGCAAACACCCAGCUGCUGCUAGCUUCCUCCUCCCGAGAGAGACUGAUCGAUCGAUCGAUCGCGACGCGCGCGCACGCCCACAGCAAGAGGAGAGGAGGGAACAGAGAGAGCCGCCGCGCCGUAGAUUGUGGGUGGACGACGCGCGCGCGAGCGGCGCGAGGGUUUUUUAAGCCGACCAGUCUCACCCCGGCAUGCGUUUGCGUUUCUCUCCUGCCUCCUGCUGCUGCCGCGACCGACCAAAUGGCUCCUGCAGUUGCCUCCUCGCCGUCGCUGCUCUCGCCGCCGCCGCUUCUUCCAAGCGUCCGGCCGAUUCCGACGCUGUCCCGCUCAUCGUCUCCUCGCCGCCGCCGCCGCCGCACCACCAGGGAGAUCAGGAGGCGUCGAACAAGAGGCAGAAGAAGCAGCAGCUGGAGUGCCCGCGCUGCCGAUCCACCAACACCAAGUUCUGCUACUACAACAACUACAGCACGUCGCAGCCGCGCCACUUCUGCCGCGCCUGCCGACGCUACUGGACGCACGGGGGCACGCUCCGCGACGUGCCGGUCGGCGGAGCCUCCCGCCGCGGGGGUGGCAGCAAGCGCCGCAGGGUCUCCGCCGACGCCGAGCCGUCCUCGACGUCGCCGCUACCGACGACGACGGACGCGUGCGCCGACCUCCCUGCCGGCUUCCCGUUCCUCAGUGACGGGGCCUUCCUGCCGCCAUUCGGUCUCGCCGGCGUUGCACCGGCUGCGUUCUCUUGGCCGCCGGCUGUCCCUGAUCUCUAUAACUGCGUGCUCGCACCGUGGGACGAUGGAACGGCCGUCGCCGGCGCGGCGUGGGACACCUUCACCGACAUCACCGGCCUUGAUCUCAGCUGGCCGCCGCCGGGUAACUGAUGAUGACAUGACACAGCUGGUUGCUCGUGUUUUGGAGGCUCUGGUUUUAGCAUAGCAGCCUCAUAAUAGUGUUCAUCGAAGUAUGUUUUGGUGAGCUAGGGAUAUAAUUAUGGGAAUGUAAGCAGCUUAAUUCUCCAACGCGUUUGCUGUUUUCUUUUCUCAUGCAUGCUUGCACAAUGAUCAAUGAUGUGGUGACAAUCAUUAGAACCAGUGAAUCGUGAUUUGUAGCUGGAAAAUGUUACUAUGUGCAGUGUUAAUGACAAUAAAAGUUUGUUGCCAUGAAGAUUCUA